AUGCUGAAAAAGCCUUUUUUUAAUACCAGUCGUAUACCAGAUGAUAUUUUUUCUUAUCAGGAUAAACAAUUUUACGACUUUAUUAAAACGCUAAUCGGUGAUAAACAAGCAAAUUUACUUACUUUUCAAGAAAUCAGCAACGCAGAUAUCUAUUUGCACUGUUGCAAUGUUCUCAAUAUUCUUAAAUUAGAUUCAAGUGCUUUGAUUCCAUACAAAGAAUCCCUUUGUCUCAAACUUGAUGACAACAGCUAUACAGUUCUCCCUGGUAUUAAAAACUCAUUUUCAUAUUUGAAUGAACUUUUGACAAAGAAAAAAGAUGAAAUAAUUCGAACAACUCGAUCUAUGUCAGGACCUUUCUCGUCAAUCGUAAAUUUCUCUGUAGCUCAAUUUUUAAGACGUGCAGAGAAGCUAUCUAUUCUUCAAACAAUUAAAAGUGAAGCUGAAUGUGAUCCGAGUUUUCCGUUUCAUUUUCUUCAUCACCAUAAACAAAGAAAAUUACAGAAUUUUACAGCUACUGCAUGCAUCUCUAAUUCUUUAUCUAUUGGUGAUAUCGAACAAAUAGUUCGUCAUGCAUUUGCUGAUGCAUGUGAACUUGUAUCAUCGCUGAAUGUUACUAUCUUAAAUAAAGCUGUUAAUUCAAUUGCCAUGGAUGAACUAAUCGGUGAUAAACAAGUAAAUUUACUUGCUUUUCAAGAAAUCAGCAAUGCAGAUAUCUAUUUGCACUGUUGCAAUGUUCUCAAUAUUCUUAAAUUAGAUUCAAGUGCUUUAAUUCCAUACAAAGAAUCCCUUUGUCUCAAACUUGAUGACAACAACUAUACAGUUCUCCCUGGUAUUAAAAGCUCAUUUUCCUAUUUGACUGAACUUUUGACAAAGAAAAAAGAUGAAAUGAUUCGAACAGCAAGACAAGGCAGAAGCUGCCAAACUUUAUCCACUUGCUCUGCAACUAAUAUCCAUGAUACCAACAAUAGCACAACAGCAUCCAAUUCAUUUUCAGCAUGUUCCGAUUCCAUAUGUUCACAAUCAAGGAUUGCUUCAAUGGAUGUUUCCACAUUCUCUGAUUCUCACACUAAACGCAUUGUUUUCAUGAUUAAUGAAUGGAUUGAGAAAAACAAGAAAAAAGACUUUAAUGCAGACUUUGUUCUUGUCCAAGGAAUAGACUAUAAUGCAGACUUUGUUCUUGUCCAAGGAAUAGACUAUAAUGCAGACUUUGUUCUUGUCCAAGGAAUAGACUAUAAUGUUACUGUUUCUGUGAAUCCUGAUAAAGCUUUUAUUCGUUGUGCUUGUGGUGUUAAAGCAACCUUAAAGUGUUCAACUAUUAUCGUCACCUCAAGACAAAAAAAUCCAUCACCAUUAAAAGAAAAUGUUCAAGUAUAA